CUAACUUUUUUUCACCAACCAAAAAUCGGUUACCAUGAUUUUGAAUCAAACGAGAAGAAAACAAUGCAUUAUAAAAUGAAAUGAGACAAUGCUUCUUGGUUUUUUUCUUUUUCUUAUUUGCACACUAUUUCUUUCUAUUUUGUUUACUUUUUAAUUACAUCUGCUGCUCCAUCAUUAUGGAUUCAAGAGAGCUAAAUUUACCCAAAUACAUGGUGUAUUGUGGUGUGAUUGCCGGUAUAGGCGCUUUUUCGAACGGUUGGACGAUUGGUUCUCCCAAUGUGCCCGGUGAUGUCACUCACAAUUGUCCUACUGGAAGUGCGCAUACAAAAAAUCCUGCAUUUCCCGAUUGUUUACCUAUGAGUACAUCCCUAUGGGGAUUUGCUGUGGCUUCUUUUUGUGUCGGUGGUCUGAUCGGCAGUGCUGUCGGUGGUUCGAUUCAAACAAGAUUAGGUCGUCGUCUCACCAUCAUCGUCAACAAUGCGGGUUUCAUUCUUGGCGCUAUCCUCAUUGGCUGUGCUGUCCAUACCGCCAUGUUCAUCAUCGGUCGUAUCCUCUGCGGUCUUUCCUGUGGUCUUGGUUCGCUCGUCAUCCCUACCUAUCUCGGUGAAAUCUCGACGCGCAGAGGUAGAGGUCUGGUCGGUUUCCUGAACCAGUUUUUUGUCGUGACAGGCAUCUUGUUGUCUUCCAUCAUCGGUCUCCCCACCGCCAACGUCCCUCUGUGGCGUCUCAACUAUGCCAUUGUCGCUAUUCCUGCUAUUUUCCAAGUGUUUAUGAUGGGUACCUGUGUCGAAUCGCCGCGUUACUUGAUUUCUGUGCAUCGCAUGUCCGAUGCCAUGGAAAGUCUUCAGAAGCUGCGUGGCGCGCACGCCGAUGUGUCGGAAGAGUUUUUGGACAUCGUCGUCGGUCAGUUUGGUCGCCAAAGAGGCAUCCGCCUCCUUCAGGAACACGCCCUGGACAAAAACAUGCAAAGCAUGGCCGUCGCAAGCCAUGGCCGCGUGGCGGACGAUGAAGGUUUCGAAACAGCGGCUGCCGCUGCCCCCAAAGAAUACAAUGACGAUGUGGAAGCGAAUGGAGAGGAUCAACAACGUCCUCCCAUGAGCAUUAUCGAGAUCUUUAGAGACCCUGUGAUUCGCAAGAUCAGCAUCAUUGUCCUCGUCCAUCACAUGAUUCAACAGCUGUCCGGUAUGAAUGCGGUCAUGUAUUACUCGACCACCAUUUUCGAACAAGCCGUGGAUAAGCAAAAUGCACAGUACAUGGCCAUCUACACCACCGUCGUUAAUUUCGGCAUGUCCAUUGUGGCCAUGCUCUUCAUUGAUCGUAUGGGUCGUCGUCCUUUGCUCCUCAUGGCAGAAGCAGGCACGUGUAUCUUUUCUGUCUUGCUCGUCGUGGGUUACAAGUGCAACAGCUCGAACCUGCUCGUCGCUUCUGUCUUUAUCUAUGUGGCUAGUUUCGCUAUUGGUAUCGGUCCUGUUCCCUGGAUGAUUACUUCUGAACUCUCGCCCAUUUAUGCGUCUUCUUCUGUCGGUGCCGUCGCUACGGCGAUGAACUGGGCUAUGAAUUUUUUGAUCGGUCAAGUCUUUCCUGUCAUCUUUGCGGCUAUUCAAGGCUGGUCCUUUUUGAUUUUCGCCGUCAUUUGUUUCAUGGCCUUUCUCUUUACCUUUUUCUUUUUGCCUGAAACUAAAAACAGAGCCAUUGAAGAUAUCGUCGCUAGUUUCCAAAAGAAGCAUUAAAAAGAAUAUAUCCCCAACCCCCUUUGUCCUCCUUGUAUAUUUGUAUAGAACUUUGCUUUGUAUCUUCUUCUUUUUUAUGUAAAUAAAAUAUAAUUUCUAAUGAGGGUGU